UCAAUAACCAUCGCCACCGGUCUCCGAUUGAUUGAUACUCAUAUCGUAAAGGGUCCCAGAGGUUUCGGACUGAUCUUGGCAGAAGUUAUAGUCGUGGCACCCGCACACUUCGUAGAGCGCAUCUACCCGGCGGACGAGACAAGAGAAAGUGCGUCACUUGGCUCUUCUUCGACAACCGGUCGCCUAUUGGGACAUCAUCACCAGCGCCUUUUGCAGGUUCGUCAGGUGGCUGAAACAGUCAUUUCAGCGUCUUCACAUUCGACAAGUCGGAUCGCAGAAACAGCAGCUAUGGCCACAAGCUCGAGAGACGCCAUGGUGCAACCUGGCGACAUACUUUUGGCUCUUGAUGGUCAAAAACUGACAGGCUGUUCUUCUGAGUAUGCAAUUAGGUCAGUUGGCUUGAAACGAGGACUCAACUAUAACGAUGCUCAGUUUAGGUCUGCUCCAAUGGUACCUGUUGGAGGGGCUAUUCGAGUCUCUCUGCUUCGAGGAAUCUCAGCCUCAGACGCACCGGCCCAGGCCCCGGAGCAUACUGUUUCCAACUCGGCGCCACCACCCAUUUUACGGCCAGUCAACACUUACAGACUGGAGCUUGGACGUCGGCUUGAAGCCGGUCCACCCUCAAGUCAUGCUAUCACAGCUCCGACGGAAAUGAGCUCGGACGGCCUUUGUCCAAAUAAGGUCUGCCAGACGAGCACAGCAGCCGACCUCGAUGUCCCAGUUGCUCAGCCAGUCACGGCAGGUCGGUACAUCCUUGGCACAUCCGACCGAACCCAGGCCUCGCUCGAGCAAACUGAUGCUCAAUCGGUUCAUUGUCACGACUCGACCCUGAUCGAGAGCCCAGCUAACUUAAAGAUUGGUGAACAAUUGAGCUCGACCAACCCCACAUCUAUGGCUUCCUUAGCCAUAGCAACCGCGUUUGCGGACAAUUGUGAUUUAAGGGAGCUAGAAUCUGUUGCCACUCGUGCUGGCAGAUUGGGCCAUGAUGACAGCAGGGACGCUGACCUCGCUGACAGAGGCGAAGGGAAAGAAGCCAAAGGCCGUUCAUGUGGAGAAGUUGAUCCCGGCGGAGACAGUGACCAGGAGCAUGGAGAACAAGAGACAGUGACAGAGAGGAAUUCCCAUCUCUCCAGCGUGGUUCAGCUGCCUGAAAAGCCUUUCGUUUUGGUGCCCUCUGAGGUGGCUACUGUUCCGCUAAUUUCGGUCAACUGUGGACUGGUCCAGGCAAGCGCCCUAGCAACUGUAUUUGGAGAGGUGAGCCCAGGCUGCUGGUUAAAUGUACUAAUUUAUUUAGCUCACGGGGGCGAGCCAGAUGAAUGA